AUGGCGUCGAAGCAAGAAUAUGGCAUCCCAUAUACACCUCUUCCUUCAUCACAACCUUCACAAACCGUCAUCCUUCUAACUCCUUACCGCCGGAACCGUCGUACUUCCUUCCUCCGCAACCUCCGUUGCUCUCUCCUCUUCACCGCCGCAAUACUUCUCCUCUCCGCCGCCGUUUACUUCCUCUACCCUUCCGAUCCAGACAUCAACGUCUCGCGAAUCCAGCUCAACCACAUACGAGUCCUCGAUUCGCUUAAACCCGCUCUCGAUCUCUCGUUCUCCCUCACGAUCAAAGUCCGGAACCGCGAUUUCUUCUCCCUUGACUACGACUCGCUCGUCGUCUCGAUUGGGUACAGAGGGAGAGAGUUAGGGCUCGUGAAAUCUCAGGGAGGGCAUCUUCGUGCUCGCGAUAGCUCUUAUGUCAACGCGACGCUUGAGCUCGAUGGUCUUGAGGUUGUUCACGAUGUGAUUUACUUGAUCGGAGAUUUGGCUAAAGGUGUUGUACCUUUUGAUACAAUUGCUCAGGUCAAAGGUGAUCUUGGUGUUCUUCUCUUCCAUAUCCCAAUUCAGGGUAAAGUGUCUUGUGAGGUGUAUGUUAAUGUUAACAACCAGAAAGUUACACACCAAGAUUGUCAUCCUCAGGUAUAA